GAGAGAGAAUCAGAAUUCAGAAAGGGGAGAUUUUAAAUGGUUGGGUUUAUGGGUUGAGGAGAGGAGCUAAAAUCGAUGCAGUUUUUGGUAGGAGGCACCGCUGCGUGAAGAAAUUAUAAAAGAGAAAGAGUAAAUAAAAAAGAAGGUGUUGGGUGAGACGAAAGGCUUGCAGUUGCAGGUUCUGCCCCCACUUUCUGACGUUCUCCUUCAGAUCUCGAAGCGCAGUCAAGAUGAACCAUUGCGGUUUUCAGCAGAACGCCUUCGCAGCCUGUGAUGAGAGGAGGAGCUCCUUCUCCAUCUCUGAGCGGAAAGAUCUCGUCGUUUGCCCCAAACCUCGCAGACUCGGCCUCUUGAAUCAUGCCAUCAACGACUCAAUCAGACCAUUGAGAUGGCACUUCAGCAGUCAACCUGAUUUUUGCGAGUCGAAAGCUGGGACUGAGCUUCUAGACAUCAUUCUGACAAAGGGUAGUUAUGGAGUAGAGCAAUCGGCAGCUCAGGCGGCUUCGUCGCCCCCGUUUUUCUGUGGGUCUCCACCGACUCGGGCAACUAACCCACUAAUCCAAGACGCCCGUUUUGGGGAGGAGAAGCUGACCUCGCUUGCACCGGUUCCGAUCCCAACUCCGUCGGGUCUUUCUUCUUCCCCGUCCUCGUCCGCCCGCAAGGGAGGAUGCGUUCGCGCGACGUUCGGGAACAAUCCAGCGGUGAGAAUCGAGGGUUUCGAUUGCCUCGACAGGGACAGGCGAAGCUGCAGCAUUCCUGCCGUUGCUUAGAAACCCUCUCCAACGUUUUCCAUCGGUACAUAGAAGAGAACAAAAAACCACAACACCAGGUCAACAACGUUUUCAUUUUUUUUUUUUUUUUUUGAAGAAAGCAAAGAAGAGAGGUUUUAAUUCGAAUUUUCAGAAGGACAGAGAGCAAGAGAGAGAAGGGAGGGAAUUGUGUUAUUAUUGUAAAUAUGUUUUCGGUUUUCCUCGAUCAAUCUUCGUUGAUAGGAUGGUAUUAUCUAUGUAUGUAAAGAGGGAUGUAUGUAGAUGUGAUGAAGAUCCAGCAAAUAAAGAAGAGAGGGAAAGCCAAAACAAACCCUUCUCUUCUUAAUUGUUAUUAUUAGAUUAGGGUAGUUUUCUUAGGUUAGAAAGAAGGUUGAGAGAGGUUUAGGGGUCUCUUCUCAUGGUCAUCGUCUCAGAGUCUCUUUCUUGCGUUUAUGUAAUGAAAAGGAAGAUUAGGAGGGAGGGGUUGGCUAGGCUACCCUUUGAUUUCUUUUUUUUUUUGGUUGUGUUUGCGGCCUUGAGAGAGAGAGAGAGAGAAUUUGUAUAAAGGGAAUGUUAAAUUAUUGAGUCAAUGUGUCAUUUAUUACUCAAUGUAAAUAUAGUUUCAUUUUGGUGGGUUCUUGGUGGUA